AUGCCACGUGUGGCAUGUCUGGAUACACUCAGCGAGUCUGAGGAUGAGAUUCGGCCGCCUGUCCCCAAGAGGCAGCGAAGAGGACCCAGCACUCAGCCAGCAUCUGCCAGCGGAGAUCGUCUUCUGCACCCUAUCCUCAAGAGGCAGAGAACUGUUGAAUCUGAAACCGGCAGCGAGUGGGCAUCUGGCAGCGGAGAUCGUGUUCUGCAGCCCAUCCUGAAGAGGCAGAGAACUGUUGAAUCUGAAGUCGGCAGCGAGCCGGCAUCUGGCAGCGGAGAUCGUGUUCUGCAGCCUAUCCUCAACAGGCAGAGAAGUGUUGAAUCUCAAGCCGGCAGCGAGCCGGCAUCUGGCAGCGGAGAUCGUGUUCUGCAGCCGGCCCUGAAACGACAGAAAACCGGCACUCAGGCAGCAUCUGGCAGCACAGACCGUGCUCUGACGGAGUUGACGUCAAGCGAUGCAGAGACCGUCCAGCCGGCGCCAAAGGCAAGGUCCCAGAAGAAAGCCAAGCGGCGGCCAACGCUGCAGGAACGGCGUGACAACAUGGCUUCCGUCCAACGAUUGGAGCGGAUGCUUCGCCAGCCCUGCCGCAAGCGACAGCAUUGUGGCCUCAGGUGUUUCGCCACUUUUCAGGAGCGCGAGGACUUUGAGCGCCUGGUGAAGUUUCGUUCCGACUGGGCUUCCAUGCAUAAGUUGGACCAAGAUGAGGUUUUCGAGUCCCUCCGCAGCAUCUACAAGAAGACUGAGCAUGGUAAUCAUGAUGGUGAUGAUGGCCGCGAGCUGGGGCCCGUGAAGUUCUUUUUCCUGGACAGGCGUGUUUGCAAAAGAGCUUGGACGAGGCUCUACGGACUGGGUGCGGCUCGCUUCAAGAGGCUGCACGAUGCAGUAAUGGCUGGGAAGAACAACGCCCCUGUCGACAAGCGAUACAUCAGCAAGCCGUUUUCAUUGAAGAAUGAAACGAGGGAAAUUCGAGCUGAUGUUACAAGCUUCCUGCAGAAGCUCUACGAGUCCGUCGCGGAGACCAUGCCGGACGUCCGGGACUCGACACAAGAUGAGGAUGAUCUGCCUUUGCUGUUGAGGGGCCAUACCGAGUACGACCUUGCCGAGGACCCUUACACUACAGAGCUGAACAGGCAAACACAGCCUCAGCUGUCUGCUGCUGGUGCUGGCUUGGAAAAGGCCGGGAACAAGCGCUUUGGCCAGGGUAAGGUCAAGAAAACCGUGACGGCUUUGGCGGAGAGGAGUGCGGAAGGCGAAGAGCGCUUUUUGCCUCCUGGUAAGAUGAUCCAUUACUGGGGGCAGUACAAGCUGCAAGCUGGGGUGCAGCCGCCGGCGUCUUUUGUGACGUUCUGGAGGGUGUGGCUAUCGCUCUUUCCUUUCAUGAAGUUUCGCACAUCGCCGCAAGAUGCGCGCAACAACAUCUCUUGGAAGCGCAUUUGCGGUCCCAAUAUUUGGACCGGGUCCAAUAUUGGCAAAGCCGGGCUUUGCAAUUUGCGAAGCGGCCACAGCCAUGAGGACAUUGACCAAGCUUUUGGAAGUUGCGCAGCGUUUCUUGUCAAGAAAGCCGCCAAAGCAGAAAGCUCGGACAGCUUCCAGCAGCACCUCACAAACUUCCUUGAGGAGCUCCCGCGCCCGCACGAGAAAGAGCGGGCAGUGGUGCGCAUCAGCCGAGUCCGUGACUGGAAGUCUUUCAUGGCCGCUGCAGUGCCGGUUUCCUUGAAAGGAAUAGGGGGCCCCGGUGCUCCCCACGAGUUUCUCCUCGAGCGUCGCGUGAACACAGGAGCUGAGCAGUCUCCUAACUUCAAGACUUUGACGUCCGACCCAACCUGCCAGUCUGUCAGUCAGUGUCAGACAAACCUCACACACAGACAGUCUUGA